CACACCUCGGGACUCCUGAAAGGGUUAUUCAGUGCGGGGCUGGCUGUAAAAACGCUAUUGGCUGAUCCUUGGCGCGGCCAAAGUACAACCCGAAUGUCUUCUUUCUCCAUUCAGCGCUUUUGUUAUUUUGGCUGAAAGGAAGUCGCAGGCGCUCCCCUCUGGCAGGCCCAAGAUGGAGCAGCAGAGCCCGGCCAAGAAGGAGGGGAGGCUGACGCUCGUACUUUCACUGGCGACGCUGAUAGCCGCCUUUGGGUCAUCCUUCCAGUAUGGGUACAACGUGGCCGCCGUUAAUUCCCCUGCCGAGCUCAUGAAAGAGUUUUAUAACCAGACCUACUAUGAGCGCAACAAUAACUACAUAAACGAGUUUUCCUUGACGUUGCUGUGGUCUGUGUCUGUGUCCAUGUUCCCGUUUGGAGGCUUCCUUGGCUCCCUCAUGGUCGGCCCCUUGGUGAAUAAAUUUGGCAGGAAAGGGACUUUGCUCUUCAACAACAUCUUCUCCAUUGUACCCGCGAUCUUAAUGGGGUGCAGCGAGGUUGCCCGGUCGUUCGAGAUGAUCAUUGUGUCCAGACUUUUGGUGGGAAUAUGUGCAGGUCUGUCUUCCAACGUUGUCCCCAUGUACCUGGGGGAGCUGGCCCCCAAAAACCUGAGGGGAGCUCUCGGGGUGGUCCCUCAGGUCUUUAUCACCGUCGGCAUCCUCGUGGCUCAGAUCUUUGGUCUCCGGAGCCUCCUGGCCAACAAAGAAGGCUGGCCCAUCCUGCUCGGGCUGACUGGGAUCCCAGCGGCCCUGCAGCUUCUCCUCUUGCCUUUCUUCCCCGAGAGCCCCCGGUACCUGCUGAUUCAAAAGAAGGAUGAGGCGGCUGCCAAAGACGCGCUGAAGAAGCUGCGGGGCUGGGACGACGUGGGCUCGGAGAUGGAGGAGAUCCGGCAAGAGGACGAGGCGGAGAAGGCGGCAGGCUUCAUCUCCGUGCUCAAGCUGUUCAGCAUGAGGUCCUUGCGGUGGCAGGUCAUCUCCAUCAUCAUCCUCAUGGGCGGCCAGCAGCUGUCGGGGGUGAACGCGAUCUACUACUACGCAGACCAGAUCUACCUGAGCGCAGGGGUGAACCAUCAUGACGUCCAGUACGUGACUGUGGGCACCGGGGCCGUCAACGUGCUGAUGACCGUCUGUGCCGUGUUCAUAGUGGAGCUCCUGGGGCGAAGGGUCCUUCUCCUCCUGGGCUUCUCCAUCUGCUUCACCGCCUGCUGCGUGCUGACGGCCGCUCUGGCCCUGCAGGACACAAUAUCCUGGAUGCCUUACGUCAGCAUCGCCUGCGUCAUCUCCUACGUGGUCGGACACGCCCUCGGGCCCAGUCCCAUCCCCGCGCUGCUGAUCACCGAGAUCUUCCUGCAGUCCUCCCGGCCGGCCGCCUUCAUGGUGGGGGGCAGCGUCCACUGGCUCUCCAACUUCACCGUGGGCUUGAUCUUCCCAUUCGUCCAAGUGGGCCUCGGACCUUACAGCUUCAUCAUUUUUGCUGUGAUAUGCCUUCUCACCACCAUCUACAUCUUCCUGGUUGUCCCUGAGACCAAGGGCAAGACAUUCAUGGAGAUCAACCAGAUUUUCACCAAGAUGAAUAAGGAGUCGGAGGUGCACCCGGAGAAGGAGGAACUGAAGGGCUUCCCGAGCUCCGCUUCGGGGCUGUAGCUCAGAAGAGGAGCUGAUAAGCGGGUCUGAGUGGAGCGUCCCUCCUGCGCUUUCUUCCUGACCACCGGGUGUCCGUG